AUGGUGAGUAACUUUGUUCUGCCAAUAACACCAUCGGCAGCAGUUACUCACGCAUUUUCUACUCACAUGACAGAUCAAACAAGAAAUGAAAUGGUCUUAGUCAGAUGUGGCUUCCUCCAGAUGCACUUGUUUAAUGAAACUGAAGGCGAAUUUCAAUGCUUUCAAUCCGUCAAACUGAGAGGAAAUGUCAAGGAUGCCUGCGUUUUUAGACCACCCAGAUCGCGACGAGAUGUGAUUUUGGUGGUAACUAACGAAACUACUCUGACAGCUUAUGGCUUCAAAUAUGGAAAAUUAGCUAUAGAAGGAUGUGGUACAGUUGGAAAUAUUUUAGAAUGUGGAACAGAAAUAUUUUCUCAUCAAGGAAAUUUCGUCAUUGGACAUUCAAGUGGAGUUAUUGUAGUCCGCGUACGUGCACAAUCGUUCACCAUCAUACUUUGGGAUGAUUUGAAGAAGAAUCAGACAUAUUCUAUAUUGCCUACAAGAGAUAUAUAUUCUACAAAUAGCAUUAUAAAACAAAUGGUAUUCUUGAAUACGGAAGAGGAUAACAAUAGAUUAGAAAUAGCUUAUAUAGUAGAAGAAGAGUAUGGAAGACAUUUACAAUUCUUUGAGCUCGAUCUCAAAAGAAACAGUCUUGAUCGUAUAGGUCCAGAUAUUCCAUUACUUGACGAUGUCAUUUGUCUUGCUCCAUUGGCACAACCAUAUGGCGGUGUUAUAGUUAAAAUGACUGAUCGAUUCAUUCAAUUUAAAAUUGAUGGUACUAGACAUGAGACUGUUAUUCACAACAAAAAGUUCAUGACAGUUAUCUGUUUUGCUCAAAUGGCUGAGAAAGGACGUUUAAUCUUCUGUGAUUACCUAGGAACACUUUAUUCUCUAUUACUUUGGCAUGAUGAAGAUAAUGGUCGUUUCUAUAUGAGGGCUACACCAGCGGGUUCUGUUAAGGCAGCUUAUACCAUGUGUUUCAUAAACGACAAAUUUCUAUUUUUCGGAACUAAAUACAAUGACAGUGUUAUGGCACAUUAUGCAAAAGAUAGAGGAGAAGGCUCAGUCAGAGAGUUUCAAACUUUCCCUCAUCUUGGUGGAAUUUCCCAUUUGAGCAUUGUAGAUGAUGGAAAGUUCCGAAUGCUUAUGGGACUCAAUACAAAUGAUGAGCCGUCGUUACGAUUAAGCAAAAGAGUUAAUCAGUUCCGUAUUCAUUAUACAAUUGAUGAGAAUCCACAAAAUGCUAUGUUUGCAUUCGGACAUCAUUCUUGUCUCAAAAACCAUAUUAUCUCGACGUUUGGAAGAAAAUCUGUGCUCAUGGAAAUAGGGAUGACAGAUCGCAUUCCUAGCUUUUCUGAACAUAUUGAUACGGAAAAUGCAACCUUAGCCGCAGGAACCUUUCUCCCUUCUCAAUGCUGUUAUCAGAUUACAACUCAAGAAAUACGGAUUUUCAAUCAAACGCAAGGUUUGGUCACUUGGAUGCCCGGCAAGCAUAUUGAUCUCGCUAGCGUGAACAGGGACACGAAUCAAAUACUGGUGUCCUGUAGAAACCACGUGUACUAUCUGAUCUUUCAGUCAGAACGCUUCAAAAUUUUAUUACGUAGAUCAAACGAUUUUACUGGAGAAAUUACAUGUAUCGAUUUGCCUCACGAUAAAUCAUCAUCUCGAGUCUUUGCUGUUGGAUUCUGGUCGACAAAAGAAUGUAGCGUUUAUCGUCUAAAUUCGUUUGAAAGAGUUGCUAAUUACAAGCUGCAUGAGUCUUUCCCGAGAUCCAUCGCAUUGAACUGCUAUCAUGAAAAAUAUUACGUUUUCUGUGGAACAGCUGAUGGAAGACUAUUGAAUGCGACAGUCAACUUCAGAACAAGCAAUUUCGAUGAUGUGUUAGAAACAAAUCUUGGUUAUCAACCAGUGCUAUUCGUGCGGCCAGAUGUAAACGAUCCUCAAAACAUCUAUGCAUUGUCUGAUCGAACCAUCGCUAUCGACGACAAAAAUGAGUGUGUUAACUUCGUUGAGUACGAUUUAUCACAAUUGACAGCUCUGUGUUACUUAAAAACAAACAAGAAGAGAGAGUAUGCAAUAGCUUCCAGCUAUGUAGGCACUCAGAUCGGCUACAUGGACGAUAGUCCAUCUUUCAAAGUUAGGGAUUUCCAGAUCAACCAUCAUCCUUAUGAUAUGUGCUAUAGCGACGAAUUGAAAAAAGUUGGGCUUCUCUGUAGAAGAAAGAAUUAUGUGAAAAGAAGAGUUAUUGUGAAUCCGGAUGUUGAGGAAGAGAUAGAGUCCUACGAUGCUGUCAAUCCAACUGAUGAGCCUGAUUUCAACGAAAUCAAAACAUAUUUCGUUACCCUUCACGGAGAAAAUUUCAAUCAACAAGAAGAAAUAGAGUUUCGUGAGCAUGAGUAUGCAUCAGCAAUUACAUCUGGGAAAUUCGCUAGCGACCCACGUACUUGCUUUAUUGCCGCGGCACUGCAAUUCACAAGGGAAAGCGGUCAAUCUUACAAUGCUAUCAAGCAUUCUAUUGACAGAGAUAGAGAGAAAUGGUUAACAAACCGAAUACUUUUUACUUUCUAUGAUACCAAGGACCAUAAAAAAAAGAAAACGAUAUCGGCUAGUCUGGGUCAUGGCAUGAUUCAGCACAUAGGAAUCUUAGGCGAUACAUUGAUAGCAGCUCUGAGAACCAAAAUAGUGGCCUUUAAAUUUGAGAUGGGUGAACCUAUGCCACUCACAAGUGUCGCAGAAAUCAGAGCUGAUGAUCCUCUAGUGAUGAAAAUAAGGAACGAUCAGAUCCUGAUAACAGAACUGAGAAGGGCUUACGUACUUGUUUACAGCGAAAAAAAGAAAUGUUUCAAGAUGAUAACCAGAGAUGAUAGAUGUCAUCGCAUAUCUGCAGCUGAGUUUAUCACAGAUGAUUUCUUGAUCGGAGCUGAUCAAUACAAUGAAAUUAUAUGGGGACAUACAGGAAUAGAUGGUGUCUAUUCCACUCGUGCUUUCGGGCAAAGAAAAUCUUGUUACGUCAGAGAGCGAAUAGGAGCUUUUGCAAUAGGAAAUCUGCACACAGAACGUCCUUAUUGCCUCAAUAAACUUAGAAAUCCGGUUAUGUAUACAACUUGGAGAGGCGGGAUAGGAGUAAUAGCUGAAGUAUCAACUGUUACAUUAAAAUUACUACGUGAUCUCAUAGAAAUGCUAGCGAUUACCAAAACACCUUAUGUAGCAUUGGAACGUUCUAACACUGGAAUGUUCAUGACAAAUCGUUUCUUAGAAGGCAAUUUCCUUCGUACUUUCUUGAAUUGGCAAGAGGACCAGCUCAUGGAAAUACUAGAGAAACAUAAAGUGUCUAAGAAUAGACUCCCUAAUUGUCUCCGCUUAAUUCAAGAUGUCAAAAAACUUGUUAAAGAUAUGGAGACAUAUUACUAG